AUGGAUUCAUUAAACAUUGACGGCCUCAGCGUUACCUUUGGUCGAGCUAUCGUAUCAGUGGUGGAGUUGACAGGCUCUACUCCAUUCCCCUCGUCCAUAGUCUGGUACAGAAACUGCGGUACCAUGGAAAGUCAAACCAGAGAGCAAGAAGACAAGCCGCUAUCUGGCAAGGUUGCCGUGGUAACAGGGGCUUCAUUUGGGAUUGGUGCGGCCAUAUCUAAGAUGUUAGCAGCAGAGGGUGCUAAAGUUGUUUUGGUAGCCAGGGGAGAAAAAAUGUUGUUAGAGACAAAAGACAAAAUCGAGAAAGAAGGUGGUGUAGCAUUAGCCGUGAAAUGUGAUGUGACGAAAAGAAAUGAGGUCAAAGAAAUGAUAAAGCGUUCAGGGAGCACGUUUGGUCCGGUAGAUAUUCUUGUCAACAAUGCCGGGGUGUGGCACUUCACCUUCAUGAAAUAUGCCAAAGAAGACCUGUGGGAAGAAAUAGUUGACGUUAACAUUAAGGGCGUCUUAAAUUGUAUCGGAGCAGUGAUCAGUGACAUGUGUGUAAGAAAAAGAGGACAUAUCAUCAACGUAACAGGAGUCAGAGAUCUGCCUUUGAAAGGGAUGGCAGUUUAUACUGGUGCGAAGUAUUUCUUGGAGGGGAUGACACGAACGCUAAGACAGGAGGUGUGCCAGGAGGGGGUCAAGGUGACCAAUGUCCACCUGGGUCCAGUGGACACGCCGGGACUGGCUACCUCUCUAUCCAAUAUGGAUGAUGAUUGUAAGAAACUCUACAAUUUUGCCGAGAGUACCAAUCUUACUGCAGAUGCUUCUGCUCGUGCAGUUAUACAAGCCUUGAAACAACCUCAAGAUGUGGCCGUCAAUGAUGUUUGUCUCGUGCCGCAAGCGUUUGCAGUUUAGAUGAUAGCAGGUCACUAAGAUUUCCUGAUGUAUUAAUCAGAACAUUAUUCAGUCAUGCCUAGAAAAGUUUUACAAGAGAGAAAAAGGAACAAAAUCUAUGGAAAAGACCACAGACGAGACUUCAAUCUGAGAACUUCAUCACGUUAAAUGCUUUACCAUAUCAAUCCACAACCUAAGAAAUAAAGAAUUUAACUAAAUAGCCUGAAUAUAUUACGGAAAAAUUGUCCGAAUCGACUCAGCUCGGUGACCCGAUUAAUUUGUUUGAAUGCAUUUUAUGACCAGUUAGAAUGCCGCGAUAAUAGGUCAGUAUACCGUUCGUCGUGAAAAUGGUCUUUGUCAAAAUGUGCAUAUUUUCUUUUUCAAAACACAGUUAUCUAUGCUCAAAACGUUUGGUGAGUGUUUUCCCAUAUCGGUGGUGCAGCACCUAAUUUUUAUUGUAUUCACUUUGUCACGUGUUUAAUUCGGGUCGCUGCUUAACUGGCUUAAUCGGCAAGCAAGAUUACAUUGUAAAAGACAUUAGAAAAGAAAUACUUUGAGCAAUGGGUCGCUAACUUCCACCUCCCUCUUCAACUCAUGCGCGCACUUCUUUAAAAUGUUACUUAUUUUCACUAAUUAAGUAUCAUUGAUGUCUGUUACAAAGACCUUGGUCUCGGUAUAUGAACAGAGUAUCUUUAAGCGUCGGAUUUGUUGAUAAUGCAGUAGCGGAGUUAGGGGGUGCCAGGGGGGUCCUGACCCCCUUCGAUUUCUGAAAA